UCAGACUAUAAAUACGGGGAGGAGGGAGAGCUUCAAGUCCAGCGGGCGCACAGGACGUCCGGCUGUUUUUCACUCUCCAUCUAUCUAUCUAUCUAUCUAUCUAUCUCUCUCUCUCUGUUCUCUAUUCCCUAUGGACUGCUGGACUGCAGUCUGAAGAAGGUGUGGUCUCUUUCACCUGCGUCCAGGUGUUUUCGGACCGCUCUCUAGUCACUUUCUUGCUUGAAACUUCGAUUCUCUUGUUUUUUCCCAUUAUCUUUGAUAUGGAUGAUUUGUAUAGACUCCAGCAUGAAGGCAUCUCCAUCUCUGGUGCCAACGCCGCUGCUGCGACCAUCGAUUUCCGCAGAUCAGUGGAGAACAGUAACGUGUACCGGUUCGAAUCGGUGGAAACGGAGGCCGGUAUGUCGGAUCUGAUCAAGUCUCAGAUCGUCAACCAUCCUCGGUACCCUAACUUAGUCUCCGCCUACAUUGAGUGUCGAAAGGUCGGAGCGCCGCCAGAAAUGGCGUCGCUGCUGGAAGAAAUCGGCCGAGAGAGUCAACCGAUGAACAGUCGCAGCGGAGAAAUUGGUGCCGAUCCAGAACUCGACGAGUUCAUGGAAUCGUACUGUGAGGUUCUUCAUAGAUACAAGGAGGAGCUCUCGAAACCCUUCGAUGAAGCGACGUCGUUUUUGAGCGACAUCGAGUCGCAGCUCAGUAACCUCUGCAAAGGAGCGUUGACGGCGGGGACCUCGGGAAGCUACUACUCUGAUGAAGCAGCUGGGACUUCAGAGGAGGAGUUAAGCUGUGGAGAGGCAGAAGUAUCUGAAAGUCAAGAAUCUUUGGGUGCUCGCCCAGGUGACCAGGAGCUUAAGGAAAUGCUCAUGCGCAAGUAUAGUGGCUACCUAAGCAGUUUGAGAAAAGAAUUCUUGAAGAAACGGAAGAAAGGUAAGUUACCAAAGGAUGCAAGGACAAUGUUGCUGGAAUGGUGGAAUACCCAUUAUAGAUGGCCAUAUCCCACGGAAGAUGAGAAAUUGAAGCUAUCAGAGGUUACUGGACUAGACCAGAAGCAGAUUAACAACUGGUUCAUAAACCAGAGGAAGCGGCAUUGGAAACCAUCAGAAGACAUGAGAUUUGCUCUUAUUGAUGGUGUCAGCGGCAACAUGGGAGGAGGGCCCGUGUUCUUAGACACCAGGGGUGGAACUGGAAGCAAUAUUUGAUAUAUAUAACUUGGUUUGAACUCAACCUUCACAUUCUGUUCGGAGUGCCCCAUAUUCUCCUUUCUUUUUUCCUGUCAUUUAGAUGUCUCUUUGUUUGUGAAACUUACUCAUACGUAAAGGGUACCCCUUUCCUCAUUUGCUUCUGUUAUAUAGCAUCUCAAUCUCAAAUUCUUGGCCAGAAAAAAUCCGAUCACCCCGCCUCGUAUGCUGGUGCAUGUGCUUGAUUUUUAUCACCCCUCUGUGUAACUUCUACCAUGACAUCAAAUCAGAUUCUACUUGUGCUAGGAUGAUUUACUCCUAAUAAAAAUUCCUGUAUCUUAGAAGAUGAUGACUGGGUGUGUUUGUAAAUGAUGAUAUUCUUCUUACCGUCUCAUCCCAUUUCUGGGACCUAAGUAUUUUGUUCUUUUUCUCUU